CUGCUCCGGGCCACUGGUCUGCGCCGUCGGUACCAUGGCGCCUGCUCCUCUGCUCGCGCCGCUGCUGCUGCUGCUCCUCGGAGGCUUCCCCGUAGCCCCCGCCGAGUCGAUUCGAGAGACUGAGGUCAUAGACCCCCAGGACCUCCUGGAAGGCAGAUACUUCUCUGGAGCCCUUCCGGAUGAUGAAGAUGCUGGGGUCUUCGGGCAGGGGUCAGAUGACUUUGAGCUGUCGGGCUCCGGAGAUUUCGAUGACACAGAGGAACCCAGGACCUCCCCUGAAGUGACCCAGCCCUUGGUGCCACUAAAUAACCACAUCCCUGAGAAGCCGCAGCCUGGGAUCCGUGUCCCCUCAGAACCCAAGGAACUGGAGGAGAACGAAGUCAUCCCCAAGAGGGUUCCCCCCGAAGUGGGGAAUGAUGUUUCCAACAAAGUGUCCAUGUCCAGCACUGCCCAGGACGGCAACAUUUUUGAGAGAACUGAGGUCUUGGCAGCUCUGAUCGUGGGCGGCGUGGUUGGCAUCCUCUUCGCCAUAUUCCUGAUCCUGCUGCUGGUGUACAGAAUGAAGAAGAAAGAUGAAGGCAGUUACGACCUGGGCAAGAAACCCAUCUACAAAAAAGCCCCCACCAACGAGUUCUACGCGUGAAGCGUCCCAUGAGUGCUGCUUGGACUGACUGGGGAGAGGAGUCAAAGGAUGGUGGAUGGUGGGCGUUGGCAGAGGGAGGGCACCUUAAUGCCGACUUGUUGGCAUCUGCAUGUCUCGUCACCUUCUGGUCUCAGAAGAGAUUAGGAUCUACUGUGCUGACUCAACGUUGAAUUGCGGGGGAGGGGUGGUCUCUGUUGCCUUGGCAGAAAAUUGGGACUGAUUUUCCCCUUUCUGAAGGCAAGUGUGGGAUUGGGUCUUUUUUUUUUCCUCUCUGCACCCCCCCACCCCAAUUUCCAGAGUAGGAAUGUAGGACCAGUUUACAGCCUGAACUGAACAUGCCUCACCUAUGACUGCCUUGAUUCUCGAGGCAAAGGGGUUACUGUGUUAAUCCUGACUGCCUUCCACAUGCUUUUUCUGUCCAUCUGUCGGGGCACAAGGAGCUAGAACCCUGUGUGUCUUGAGAUGUGUCCACCCAUGCUCAUGCUACAAGGAGUCUCUGUGAUAUGCCUUGGGCCAUCCUAGGCUUAGUGACUUUGGAACUCAACCUUUUUUUUUUUUUAAUCUGGGGAGGGAGGGGUGAAGUGCUGAAAGCUCAUGCUGAAAAGCGUUUGCAGAAGAUUUGUAAAACUAAUUUUUUUUUUUUUUAAUGGUUCAUUCCUUUAUGCAGGUGUCUGUGCUUGGGCUCAGAGUGUGGGGAUGUGCAGAUGUUCUCUCUAGAAUGUUUCCAUUGCACCAGCUGAGUUUGUGUUCCAUGGUUUUUAUGUUUUGUUUGUUUUUUGAAAUGAGAGAAGAAUUGAAGAUAAGAUUUUUAUUAAUUUUUUUUUUUUUUUUUUUUUUUUUUUUUUUUUUUUUUUUUUUUUUUACUAUUUAUAGCUUCAGACAGGGCUGCUUUUUCUCCAUCUUCCUUUCUUUACUGUAUCCCCUCCCCCGCAACACCAUUUUUUAAAAAAUGUUCUGCACUCUUGUUUAUGACCUUGGCCCUUUCUGAAGUUGCUUUGUCUAAGAAGUAGCUACAGUGUUCUAGCUGAUUGCAGAAUAUAAUGUAGGGGAUAGUGGGAUAUUUGUGUAUGUAUUCGUGUAAUAUAUUAUCCUUACUUGGUUCUAGAAGAAUAGAUAAAUAUAUUUUUUUAGGAUAUAGAAUGAUAUUACAGGUUUCAUGUUGGCUGGGUGGCUGCGUGACUGAAUUUUCAUGUGGCUAGGGUGUCGCCCCCUUCUCUUGCCCUGUUUUCUGGUGCCUUCUUUCGAUUGAGCUCUGGAGUAGUUGAGGGUACCAGACUCUUACGACUCAUUCUGCCUUCUGCUGGGGUCCCAGCAGAGGAGCGCCUGCUGGGUUUGCUCUCUCCAGGCUCUCUAGGUGCAUGAUCCAGUACAUGGGCCACGCGCGUGUGGCUGUAUUAAUUCGCUCACUUCAGAUCGCGAGGUUAGAAAUCCAUUCCUCAGUUGUACCGCCACAAUUUGAGUGCUCGCUCAUCAUCCGCUGGGUACAUUGCUAAGAGAUUUAAGCUGGCUUAGCAGGUUAAUAUUCAGCUCUCCUGGGGCAAGGGAAGGGGACCAGGAGGAGGAGGAGAAGGCCCCAAUGAGUCCUGUCAUCUGGGACUCUCCCUCUUAUAGAGGAGAGAUGUUGUGACUUACAGGGUCUGGGGUGUGGGGGGAUGGGCAGAUCAUACCACCCCCUCAGCCAUACCCUGUGCCUGUGAGCUCCCAUCACCACCUCAGUGCAGGGUCCCAGCUGGCUGGGUCCUCUUCCAGCCUUGGUGCCUGUACCUUUUCUGUGCCCCCCCCCCUCACGCUGUCAUCUGUUACUGAUUUUUUUUUAUAAGAAGAUAAUAAAACCUGGUACUUUCUA